UAAAAUUUUCACUCGUCAGUUUGGAAAAUGUGAAAAAGGAGGAUUAGAUUAAUUUUCCCGAAAAAUGUUGAGAAAAGUUAGAAAACCCAAACCAAAAGCUAAAAGACACAUCGAAGAUGUUCCGUUCUACAAGUUUGUGUAUCGGAGGGACGAACUUCCUCUCGAUCCCGCCAGGAAUUUCAUCGAAGAACAGAUUUCAAAAAUCAACGUCAUCAAACCGGCCUGUUUCAACAAGGACUACAGUCUCUACCGCUACCCCCGGGGUGACGGUCAAGGCCUGCGAGAGCUCCUACUUCCGGAAAAGUUAGCAUCCAUCGAAACAGCAGAAUAUCUCCCAUCCGGUGUUGGUUCCCAUUCUCCGCUAGAGAAACGCCUUUCGGACGUUACCACCGAGCUUAUAAAACUUUACAAAGAUUUGCGACUGAAAAUUUUCCACGACCUGGCCCUCACCCGGCCGGUCCUGCUGGGGAACGAGUUCUUCCGCCGUUACGGUCGGGUAAAUCAAGAUGGCCGCCGCAAACUGCCUGCAAUACGCCGCAAGAGGCGACCACCGAAAAAGUUUCACUUCGAUGAGUUUGCCUACCGCACGCCGGAGGAAAAUGACGAAGCCUUGCUGCGCAUCCAGCGCCAUCUGGAUCGGAUGAUUGCGAAAAGCAUUCGCGAGGCGGAAAAACGCCGGCAGCAGAAGGAGGAACAGGCGCGCCGGCCGCAGUUUUGCACAUCGUCAUCGUCAUCGUCCUCAUCGUCCCAAAAAAGCAACAGAAAUGUUUAUCCCACUAAAGUGAAACGGAAACGGCUGACUAAUGAGCAGUACAUCAAAAAGCUCAAAGUGGAUGAAAGCGUGAAACUAAGAUACCUUCAAGCGCUGCUUCCAGUUCAUCCGGAUGAUCAGAAGCGCAAAAUUCUUGAAAAAUUCGAAAAACGCUACGCAGAAGCCAUCGGAAAUUUCGACGAAAAUAUGCGUCAGCGAACGCUCAACCUACUGGAGGAAUUGGCCGUCGAAAAAAUUGAACACUAUCCAUCGCACUUGAUCAAAAAGAUCAUUCCCCGCAUCGACACCAGAAUAAGCUACUUGAAGCAAGCUCACAAAUUCAUUCUGGAGGAGGAAAAACUAUGGCCCAACAUCUACCCGGAGGUGAUCCUACUAGAUUACAUUUUCGACCCCGAGCACAACGUCCCCAGAGAUCAGGCCGUCUAUUUGACUAUCCUACUGAUGGACCUACAAGAAGACUAUCGCUAUCAUGUUAAGCGAUCAUUCGUCCGGUACAUCCUUCGAUCGGAGGAAGAACGAAAACGCCUACAACUUGCUGUUGAACCACCCGAGUUUCCGAUCGCCACUCUGAUUGCUCCAGUUCCGUGGAAGUGCUCGAUACAGGUCGCCAAGAAUCGCCUCGAGGAGGUUCUUAUGGUGAACCAUCCUGUUCUGCAGGCUAUCAACUUGUUGUGGCAUAAACUGUACGGGAACCUGUUGGUGGUAGAUGCAGCCAAAUUCUACAGUACAGACAUCCCAAUGCACGCCGACAAGAUCACCGAAACGAUUCACAAUAGUUGCCGCAUUACUCGUGACAUACUGAUCAAUGACUGGAUGCCCCGAGUUGCCGAUUUGGUCGAUGUCAUGCGUAAGUACUGGAAAGAUCUGGUGCCGCGUAGCUCGAUCCAUGGUGGUCGAGGAACGAUCUUUUUCAAUUGUAUUCACGCCUUGACGUCGUACCAUUUGCAAGGCAUGAUCAAAAAAAGCUUGGAUCAUCUCGUCGAUGCACUGGAAGCUUAUCGCGGUGGAGAUACGCCAUCCGGAGCGCAGUCCUGCAAGCUCAAAAUAAAACCUUUCAUGACUUUGACAGUAUCGGUCGUUGGCAAACCGGAUACGGAGAUUGAGAAGAAUACGGAAAAGAGUGACAUGUCCCUCUACGAAGCGGACGAUGAUGAUCCGAGUUUGCUGACAUCAGAAUCGACAGAUGAUCCAAUGACAACAGCGGUGGAAGAGCGGAGGACAUCAUUCAUAAUGGGAAGUAGCGGCAAGAUCAUCAUAUAUCCCUACAUGGAAGAACUCCCCGACCUCUUCAAAAGCUAUUUUGUGAAGAUUUUGAAAGUGGGAUACAAGAUACCUCGUUUGGAGUAUUACCUAACGCAAGAUAAGAAGCAACUCGGGUAUUUACACUACAUUCGAGAAGAUAAUGCAGAUAUGCACAAGCUAUACGAAAAAGUUAAAAGCAUUGUGAUCGCCAACCAAACAGGUCCAACCAUAUAUCUAUAUCCCAUGUAUGAGUACUAUUUCCCAGUCCUGGCCAACCAGAUGAAGGUCAUCACAGAAAGCAUUUUUUCACAAAGAGAACUACCGUCUUUGGAUAUAUUCAAAGACCUCGUCGAUAAGUUUACCGAGCUCCUUCAUGGAAUUUAUUUCUUGAGAGAUUUUAUUCCGUUGAAUUUGUUCAUGUUAGACAACAGUCGACUCAACCGAGUUCUGGAAAAUCUGGUCAAAGAAUUAAAAGCUUUUGUUAUCAAUUAUUUCAUUACAUUGAAUCAGGUUGAAAACCGAAGAAUAUCCGACGAGUUUGAAGACAUGUCUCUGCAGGCUGGUGAGCGUCCGAAAGAAACUCCGGAAGUGGUCGCCCUUCAAAAUUAUCUUACGCAGUGCCGCGAAGAGCGAAUGUACCAGCUGAAGACCGAGAUCAAGCAAGUUGCGCAACGUGUUCUCUUCCUCCUGACCUACGCCAUACUAGAUCGUAAUAUGCGGGAUCCUCGAUUGGUUCGUGAAAAGUACACUCUUCUGAUGCUAGGCUUUAUAUUUCCAGCCGAAGACAUCAACCUGAAUUCGCGUCUAUUUCUAUGGCCCCAGGAGCUGGAGAAAGUGCUUGAUCUCAGCGGCGCCCGUCUGUCGGUGGUACGUGAAAAUCUGGAAACGGCACUACGUGAAAGACGCGGCCGAUUCGAGAUGUAUUUGAACACGGAAAAGAAAAAAAUGGACCACUUCCGGACACGCGAGAUUCGCGAAAUGCUCUCGCUGGACGACCUGCGGGAGAAGGUCGAUACGGUUGAUGGUUUGAUGGAGAUCCUGGAGAAAUGUAGCAAAGAAGCCAGAGAGAUUAACGAAGAAGAGAAUCUCCUUCAAAUUGACCUGUCCUUCUUCCCGGCCUUGAACGAAAUGAUCGAAAAAAUGGCGCCAAUCGAAAAGCUUUGGCACACGGCAUAUAAAUUUGAUACAUGCCAUGAAGUGUGGUACUUUGGCCCAUUCAAAGAGUUGGAUGCUACCGUUAUUAGCAAUGCGGUUGAUGAAAUGUUCAACGCAAUCAGUGUUCUGCUGAAAGAGUUAUCUGGAAGUCCUCAAGCGAAACGGGUCGCUGAACAGAUUCGCAUGAAAAUUGAUAAAUUCAAAAUCUAUCUCCCCAUACUGGAAGCUAUAUGCCGGCAAGGGCUUUGCGAGCGCCACUGGGCGCAGAUAUCUGAGGAACUAGGUCAAGAGGUAAAUCCAGCGGUACAGAAUUCCCUUGGUCUGAUGGUCGACAUCGACGUGAUGAAGAUUCAGAACCGGUUGGAGGAAAUUUCCAAUGCAGCCGGUAAAGAGUACGAGCUGAACAUACAGCUGGUGAAUAUGCAAGAGGAAUGGGUUGACGUUAAAUUUGUGUGCGUCCAGUAUCGCGAUUCGGAUAUGUCCAUACUGUCUUCGGUAGACGAUAUCCAAACCCUGCUUGACGAUCACAUUUUAAAGGCGCAAGCGAUGCGAGGUUCACCCUACAUUGCGGCGCUUGGCCCGAAGGCCACCAAUUGGGAGGACAAACUCAUUUCUAUGCAAGAUAUCAUUGAUACGUGGCUGCAAGUUCAAGCUACCUGGAUGUACCUUGAGCCGAUCUUCAGUUCCGAGGAUAUCAUGCGUCAGAUGCCCACCGAAGGGCGGCACUUCAAGUCCGUGGAUAAGAUUUUCCGCAAACUGAUGCGUCAUACGAUCGCUGAUCCACACGUGAUCCAAGCGACGGACUUCCCUGAUCUGUUGAACGUACUGAGGACUGCCUUGAAAGACCUGGAAGAUAUUCAACGAGGCUUGAAUCUGUACCUGGAAAAGAAGCGACUCUAUUUUGCACGAUUUUUCUUCCUCUCCAAUGAUGAACUGUUGGAAAUUCUGUCCGAGACCAAAGAUCCGAUGCGUGUACAACCACAUAUGAAGAAAUGUUUCGAAGGAAUCAAUGCUUUGCAAUUUGACACGCAAAUGGAAAUCACAGCAUUCACCUCGGUCGAACAGGAGCAGAUCCCCUGCACCAGGAAAAUCAACCCAGCUUUGGCUAAUGGAUUGGUCGAAAAAUGGCUCAAAGAGGUCGAGGUCGUAAUGUUGGAAAGUGUCAAGGAGCAGAUUUGGCAAUCGUACGAGUCAUACUUCAAAGAUCCUCGUAAAAUUUGGGUGCUGCACUGGCCUGGUCAAGUGGUGCAGGUAGUUUCCUGUUUGAAAUGGACCGAAGAGGCAGAGGAAGCAAUCAAAGACGAUAAGCUAGCCGAAUACUCUAAGAAAUGCACAGCCCAGAUAGGUGAUCUGGUUGACCUAGUCCGAGGAGAUCUUAGUACAGGAGCAACCAUUACAAUUGAAGCAUUGAUUGUGGUUGAUGUUCAUGCUCGUGACAUAAUAGACCUUUUGGUACAGAAGAACAUUACGGAUCCGGGAGACUUUAAUUGGUUUUCGCAACUUCGCUAUUACUGGAAAAUCGAUGACGAUGACAAGCAGAGCUAUGUUGCUUGCAGUAUGGUGACAACGGAUUUGAAAUACGGCAUGGAAUAUCUAGGAAACACGGGUCGUUUAGUAACCACACCAUUGACCGAUCGCUGUUUCCGAACACUGAUGGGAGCGUUCAAGCUAAAUCUAGGUGGAGCACCAGAAGGCCCUGCUGGAACCGGUAAAACCGAAACCUGCAAAGAUCUAGCAAAGGCUGUAGCUAAAAAGUGUGUGGUUUUCAACUGCUCCGAUGGCUUGGACUACAAGGCGCUCGGAAAGUUCUUCAAGGGCUUGGCACAGUCCGGUUCAUGGGCUUGUUUUGAUGAGUUCAAUAGAAUUGAACUGGAAGUACUUUCAGUAGUUGCUCAACAGAUCCUGACCAUUCAGCGCGCGAUUGCUGGGAAGGUCGUUAAAUUUGUUUUCGAGGAGACUUCUCUGAAAUUGGACCCUACUUGUAACAUUUUCAUUACCAUGAAUCCAGGCUAUGCCGGUCGUACAGAGUUACCGGAUAAUUUGAAGGUACUUUUCCGAACGGUGGCCAUGAUGGUACCGGACUACGCAAUGAUCGGCGAAAUUACGCUCUAUUCGAACGGAUUUGAUGACGCCCGAAUUCUGGCACAGAAAAUAGUCCAUACAUAUAAACUCUGCUCCGAGCAACUGUCGUCUCAAUCGCACUACGACUACGGAAUGCGAGCAGUGAAAUCGGUGUUAACAGCAGCCGGAGCACUCCGUAGAGCUCAACCAGAGCUUUCCGAAUCUCAGAUUGUUCUGAGAGCCAUCAUAGAUGUGAAUCUUCCGAAGUUCCUGCAACAGGAUAUACCACUCUUCGAAGGCAUAUACAAAGAUCUUUUCCCUGGCGUAGAGCUGCCACCGCCGGCACGCGAGGAUAUCGUCCGAUUGCUUCUGAUCGAGCUUGUCAAACGCAAACUGCAACCUACACCGUGGUUCAUCGAUAAAGUAAUGCAGAUCUACGAAAUGCUGCUGGUCCGCCAUGGUCUUAUGAUUGUGGGAGAUUCUAUGGGUGGCAAGACAACUGCUUAUCAGAUCCUUGCCGAAACACUUCGAGAGCUGCGUAGAGAGAAGGGACAUCUCUCGGAAGAGCAUGGUGUCGCCUAUAGAAUCAUCAAUCCCAAGGCAGUUUCCAUGGGACAGUUGUACGGUAGUUUCGAUCCCGCAUCGCAUGAAUGGUCCGACGGUGUCUUGGCCAAUACGUUCCGAGAAAUGGUUUACACGAGCAGCUUGGAGCGGCAGUGGAUCAUAUUCGACGGACCAGUGGACGCGGUUUGGAUUGAAAAUUUGAACACUGUAUUGGAUGACAAUCGAAAACUUUGUUUGAUGUCUGGAGAGAUCAUCCAGAUGACCAAGCUGAUGAAUUUGGUAUUCGAACCCGUUGAUUUGGAACAGGCUUCUCCCGCAACGGUUUCGCGAUGCGGCAUGAUCUACAUGGAGCCGUCACAGCUAGGAUGGGUUGCUCUUCACAAAUCCUACUUAUUGUGCCUUGAAGAGAAGGGAGUUAGCGAACUAAAUGUAGGACUAUUCGAGCAGCUCACUGAAUGGCUUAUCCCUCCAGCACUUCAUUGGUUGCAAACCGUAGACACUGUACUGAAGAUUUCCGAAAUGCAUCACUACUCUAUAUUCUCGUCAUUCUUUUCAAUAUUCCUAUCGCGUACAAACAACUACAACCAAGUGUGGUUCCAACAGAUUUUCCUAUUCUGCUACGCCUGGGCCUACUUUUCAACCGUUACGAUCGAAGGCAGAAGAACGAUUGAUCCGCUGUUAAGGAAAAUCCUUUACGGUGCCAACGAAGACCACCCAAAGCCCAAACAUUUCUCACUGAACCGAGGCCAGAUGUAUCCGGAAAAGAUGAACUUCUUAGACUACCGUUUCGACGAGCACGAAACCUGGUGGCCUUGGUUGAAAUCGGAGGAACUUAGCCUUCCCGAAAGUUGCAUCGUUUCUGAGCUCAUGAUUCCCACCAAGGAAACCGGGUACAUUCUCUAUUGGACGGAAAUGUGUGUCUCCGCCGGUAUGCCAAUUCUUUUGGUAGGUCCAACGGGUACCGGCAAGAGUGCCACCAUUGCGAACUACAUUCGCGAGUUACCAAAAGCAAAGUUCAUCUCCAACAUAAUCAAUUGUUCGGCUCGGAGCACUGCUCAACAGAUGCAAGAUACGAUCAUGUCAAAAUUAGAUCGCCGUAGAAAGGGAGUUUAUGGACCUCCCGUUGGAAAGGAAUGUGUCAACUUCAUCGAUGACGUAGCCAUGCCCGCUCGAGACGAUUACGGUUCCCAACCUCCCCUUGAACUGAUCCGCCAAUGGUUGGAUCAUAGAAUAUGGUCCGAUCUGCGAGAUACCUCCAAGAUCGAGCUGAUUGAUUUGCUUUUCGUAGGCGCAAUGGGCCUAGUCGGAGGCAGCAACUAUAUUCCCCAACGAUUGUAUCGACACACCCUAGUUCUUUCUGUAGAUUCAUUUGAAGACACCACACUUUUCAGAAUAUUUAGCGAAAUAGGUGAAUGGCACUUUUCUAAAGGAUUCCCAGAACCAGUUUCCAGGUUGUGUAAGAAUCUUUGUCAAGCGGUCAUAUCGGUUUACCGAGGAGCGAUUGCUAACUUCCUACCAACUCCAGCAAAAUCACAUUACUUGUUCUCACUGCGUGAUGUCACAAGAAUCUAUCAGGGGAUUGUAAUGGUUCCGGCAAAGCGGCUUCCAGAUCCGGAAAAACUUGUACGUCUUUGGGCUCAUGAAACAUACCGAGUAUUCUACGAUCGACUGAUCGAUGACAACGAUAAACAAACCCUGCUACGUUUGGUUGACGAAGCGGCCAAUGGACAGCUACGAAUGAAGCUCGAGACUGCGUUCGGAAGUCGUAUAGAGAGCGGUAAAAGAGUCAGUGAUAGACACAUGCGUGAUUUGUUGUUCGGUAACUAUAUGGAACCAGAUGCAGUAAGUCGAGUUUACGAUGAAGUCGACAGCUGGAUGAAGCUAGAGAAGAAUAUGAACUUCUAUCUCAGCGAAUACAAUGCUCAAUCUAAAUCCCCUAUGAAUCUCGUACUAUUCAGAUUUGCAAUCGAGCAUAUAUCACGAAUCUCGCGAGUACUGCAGAUGCCACGAGGGCAUUUGCUGUUGGUAGGACUCGGUGGAGCAGGCAGACGAAGUUCUGUAAAGUUAGCCGCUAAUAUGGCAGAUGCAUCUGUAUUUCAAGUCGAAGUUACUAGAAGCUACUCCAUGAACGAGUGGCGUGAAGACAUGAAAAAACUGCUCAUGAAUGCGGGGAAUGAAGGCAAGCCAACCGUAUUUCUGUUCAACGAUUCACAAGCCAAAGAAGAAGCAUUUGUGGAGGAUAUCAACUCCCUACUCAACACUGCCGAUAUUCCGAACUUGUUCCAAUCGGAAGAAAAAGCAGUCAUUCUUGAACAGAUGCAAACCAUCGUCAGACAGACCAACAAGCCUAUUGAUUCAACGGCAUUGUCUCUUUACAACUUCUUCGUUGAAAGAGUUCGUGAGAAUCUACAUAUCGCCUUGGCCUUCUCUCCUAUUGGGGAGUCGUUCAAAAAACGGGUUCGCAUUUACCCAUCCCUGAUAAACUGUUGCACUAUCGAUUGGUUCACUUCAUGGCCAGAUGAUGCCUUACAAAAGGUUGCCGAAAACUUUAUUCGAUCAAUGGAGCUGGAUCAAGAAGCUCCUUCAUCCACCGAGCCAUCAGCAACUUCGCUACAGAAAGAAGAAGAGGAAGCGGAUAAACUGAAAACCCGUCAGCUUAAUCGUCUCGAGAGGAAGCUCGUGGAGCUGGUAAUGGUGUUCAACCGCGGAGUCGUUGAAAACUCCGAACGCUUUUUCCUGGAACAGGGAAGAAAGAAUUACGUUACCCCUACGUCAUACUUGGAGAUGCUGCGAUCCUUCAGUACGUUAUACCGCAAAAAGUACACGGAAAUUAUAUCCCAACGGGACCGUUAUACCGUUGGGUUGGAAAAGUUGGACUUUGCCGCUGGCCAGGUGUCGGUAAUGCAGGAUCAACUUAAAGGCUUGCAGCCACAGCUGAAACAAACUUCGGACGAAACUGAGAAGAUCAUGGUGAACAUUGAGCGCGAAACGGCCGACGCUGAGAAGAAAAAGGAAAUUGUCGGAGCGGAUGAAACAGCGGCUAACGAGGCAGCUGCAUCAGCACAAGCCAUCAAAGACGACUGCGAAAGCGAUCUACAGGAAGCGGUUCCAGCACUUGAAGCAGCACUCACGGCGCUGGAUACGCUCAAACCGGCUGACAUUACCGUUGUCAAGUCGAUGAAGAAUCCACCGUCUGGAGUGAAACUGGUGCUGGAAGCGGUUUGUGUUAUCAAGGGCAUCAAACCCGAUCGCAAAACUGAACCAUCCGGAAAAGUGACUGAAGAUUUCUGGGGUCCCUCCCAGAAGAUGCUUGGUGAUCUCAAGUUCUUGGACAGUUUGAAAACCUUCGACAAGGACAAUAUACCCAUUCCAGUUAUGAAGAGAAUUCGUGAUGUGUACAUUGCCGAUCGGGAGUUCGUCCCGGAGAAGAUCAAAAACAUCUCGAUGGCCUGUGAGGGUCUUUGCCGAUGGGUACGGGCGAUGGAGAUCUACGACCGAGUGGCCAAAAUCGUAGCCCCCAAGAAGGUCGCCCUGGCCGGGGCCGAAGCGGAGCUCGCUGCACAGAUGGAAAAGCUCAAUGCCAAACGGGCCGAACUGCAGGAAAUUUUGGACAAGCUGCAGAAAUUGAAUGAUUUCUUCGCAGAGAAGUCCCGGGAGAAAAAACGAUUGGAGGACGAGAUUGAUAGUUGCGAGAAGAAAUUGAUCCGCGCCGAACAGCUGAUCGGUGGACUAGGAGGCGAGAAGAAGCGUUGGUCGGAGUGUGCGGAGAACCUACACAAGUCACUGAAGAACGUCAUCGGGGAUGUACUGUUGGCAGCUGGUUGCAUUGCUUAUCUGGGAUGCUUCUCGACGGAAUUCCGUAGCAGCAUCAUAGAAGAGUGGAACGAAAUCACAAAACAGAGCGAGAUUUCCUGUUCUGAUAAGUUUUCUCUGUUGACGACCCUAGGAAACCCAAUGGAGAUUCGUAGCUGGUCACAAUGGGGACUACCUACCGACAACUUUUCGGUGGAGAACGGAAUAAUUGUUAAAAAUGCUCGUCGUUGGCCGUUGAUGAUAGAUCCGGAAGGACAAGCUAACAAAUGGGUUAAGAAUAUGGAAAAAGAAAACAAUCUGAAGAUUAUUCAGCAAAUGGAUCCGAAUUAUAUGCGAAUCGUAGAAAAUGCAUUGAUCAAUGGAUAUCCCGUGUUGCUGGAAAAUGUUGGCGAAACUAUUGAUUCUGGUCUGAAUUCGAUUCUUGAGAAAAACGUAAUUCGUCAAAAAGGUGCCAACCUUAUCAAAUUUGGAGACGGUUUGGUUGAGUACAAUGAGAAUUUCCGUUUUUACAUCACAACCAAUUUGAGAAACCCGCAUUACCUACCGGAAACGGCUGUUAUGGUAACACUAAUGAAUUUUAUGAUAACGGAACAAGGCCUACGUUCACAACUAUUGGGAACCGUCAUCAUACAAGAACGACCAGAUCUACAGGAGAAGAAAGAAUCACUCAUCAUCGAAUCCGCGCAGAAUCAAGAAGAACUGUACAAUGCUGAAGCGAAGAUAUUGCAGGUCCUUUCUUCAUCUGAGGGUAACAUCUUGGAUGACGAGAAUGCGAUCAACAUACUAACCUCCAGCAAACAGCUUUCUGGAGAGAUUCAAGCCAAACAGCUGGUGGCUGUGGCUACUGAAGCGGAAAUAGAUGCUGCAAGACAACUCUACAUUCCAGUUGCGCGCCACUCAGCGGUUAUUUUCUUCUGCACAACCGAGCUGGCAAACAUUGAUCCCAUGUACCAGUUCAAUCUGACCUGGUUCCUCAACAUAUUUGUGCAAACUAUUCUCAAAGCCCCAAAAUCGGACAAUCUUGAUGAACGUCUGCAACUAUUGAUUGAAUACUUCACCAAGGCGAUCUACAACAAUGUCUGUCGGUCACUGUUCGAAAAGGACAAGCUCAUGUUUUCCUUCGUUCUUUGCUCGGGAAUCCUACGCGGAGAGGGCGAAAUGGACGGUCACGAGCUCUCUUUCCUAUUGACAGGAGGGCUUGCGCUAGAUAACCCCUAUCCAAAUCCAGCACCAGAUUGGCUCACCGAAAAAGCGUGGACCGAACUUGUCCGAGCUUCUUCACUCAAGUCUUUGAACAAACUACGUGAAACUUUCACCGAUAAUCUUGACAAAUGGCAAGCAUUCUACAACUUGAGUGAACCGGAAAACAGUGAAUUACCGGAACCAUAUCGAGGACAAGAUGAUCUGGUGAAACUGAUCAUUUUGAAGUGUCUACGCCCGGAUAAGGUCGUGCCAGCGCUACAGAGAUUUAUCAUCAUGAAAAUUGGACCAUCCUAUAUCGAACCUCCUCAGUUCAAUCUUCGAACGUCCUACGAAGACAGCUCUCCUCGGAUUCCGCUCAUCUUUAUGCUGUCCCCAGGAUCUGACCCAAUGGACAGUUUGUUGGCAUUUGCCAGCGAGAAGUACAUGGGCGACGACUGUCGCGUAAUUUCUCUUGGUCAAGGACAAGGCCCGAAGGCUACCAAAACUAUUCUCGAUGCCAUAAAGCUUGGCCAGUGGGUCAUAUUGCAGAACUGUCAUGUUGCGGAGUCCUACAUGGAUGAACUGGAGAAGUUGGUCACGGAUGGAAGCCUGUAUGAACACGUCCAUCCCAAGUACCGCCUAUGGUGUACGUCAUAUCCCAGCAAAAAGUUCCCCGUAUCGAUCCUUCAGAACAGUGUCAAGAUGACCAAUGAAGCACCGAAGGGAUUGAAGCUCAAUAUGAUGCGAGUGUAUCAAUCAGAACCACUCAGCAGUGAAGCUUUCCUGGACGAGUCAUUCCAGGGUGACGUUACACGGGUAUGGACGAGGGGUGUCUUCUCAUUGGUGUUUUUCCACGCGGUCGUUCAGGAGCGCUGUAAGUUCGGUCCGCUCGGCUGGAACAUAUCGUACGAGUUCAACGAGUCUGACCUGAAGAUUUCACUGAUGCAGUUGAAGCUGUUCCUACAUCAGAGCUCGUACAUUCCGUUCGAAGGGCACAUCUAUCUGACGGGCGAGUGCAACUACGGUGGACGAGUGACGGACGACAAAGACCGUCGUCUGUUGAUGGCACUGCUGAAUCGUAUCUACAAUCAGGAUACGAUCGACCAGGAUGGAUACAAACUUUCCGAAUCCGGUAACUACCGGGUCCCGAUCAACCCCGUCAAGGAGGUGACCUUGGAGUACCUAUCGACAUUGCCACUAGCAGCCCAUCCGGAGGUGUUCGGUUUGCACGAGAACGCAGACAUUACCAGGAACAUCGAGGAAACCAAUUCGCUUCUCGACCGAGUCCUGCGCACCCAAACGCAGCUCAAUGCCAGCAAAGCGAAUGGAAGCCGCGAUGAGCAAUCCAUCGAUCCAGUUCUUUUGAUAUGUUCGGAAAUAAUGAAGAAGCUUCCGGAACCAUUUGACGUGGAAGCAACCGCCGAGAAAUUCCCAAUUCUCUACAUGAACUCGAUGAACACCGUCUUGCGACAGGAGCUGACCCGCUUUAACCGGCUUCUAAGUUUCAUUAAAAUGAGCCUUGUAGAUGUCCAGCGCGCAAUUCAGGGACAAAUUAGUAUGAUUCCGGAGCUGGAGCGGGUUUAUCGUUCUAUGAGUAUCGGAAGAGUUCCGCAAGCAUGGCUUUCAAAGAGUUAUCCUUCAUUGAAGCCACUGGGAAGCUAUGUAAACGAUUUCAUCCAACGAUUGUCAUUUUUCCAACACUGGAUUGAGGAUGGUGAACCGAAGGUUUAUUGGAUGAGUGGUUUCUAUUUCACGCAAUCGUUUUUGACUGGCGUUAUGCAGAACCACUCUCGGAAAAACAAACUACGUAUCGAUGACUUGGUAAUGUCAUUUGAAGUAACAACGUUUGAAUCGGAGGAUAAAAUUCAAAAACGAUCGGAAGUCGGUUGCUUCGUAAGGGAUCGCCGGGGUAAAAAUGAGGAUUUCGUCACAUUCGACGGAUUGUUCCUGGAAGGCGCACGUUGGAAUCGAGAACUGAAUUGUCUGGAUGAACCGCUGCCGCGAGUGCUGUUCGAUACUUUGCCUAUCGUUUCGAUGACACCAACGCUGAAGUCACGCAAAUCCACCCCGGAGCACUACCAAUACGAAUGUCCCAUCUACAAGACCAGCGAACGUCGUGGAAUCCUCUCAACGACCGGGCACUCAACCAAUUUCGUAAUGUUCCUUGAUUUGAACAGCGAACAGUCGCCGGAGCACUGGACGCUUCGAGGAACCGCUUGUCUUUGUCAACUUGAUGAUUAAUUUUUACUCACUACGUGUAGUCACAGAUAUAGAGCGAUGUCAUUUACAUUCAUAUUUUUGAACAGUUUGAGAGUGCCUUUCAAUACAUAUUUCACUUAUACACCUGUAACACUCAUAUUCUGAAGACUGUGUGAUUUUUUUGCUACAAAAAAGAUUUUCCCCUCCCAAAUUGCUAAACAAUAAUACGAAACCAACGCUA